UGAACUAUGAAUCUACGAACUUUUUAGGUCUGUAUCCUCGUUGAUUAUAUCAUUUUUUGCUUUUUUUUUCUAUACAGAAAUGCGUAUAUAUGAAUAUUUAGCGAUUUAAAUAGAAAAUCUUUCACAAAUAUGAAAAAUAUAAUUCUAGAACUAACGUAUAACUGAUGUAUUAAAUUCUUACACGAUGUAUUUGCAUUUCAAUUGAUUAAUAUAGUUUCAUUACCUUUCAAAUACUUUUCGCGGGAUUUUUAUAAUGAAUAUUUUCCUCCUUGGUCAACGCAAUCAAAUAAUCGAAUUUGUGUUAUACAUAUAAAAAAACAAACAGUCCAUUAAGAGCCAUCGUAUGCUCGUGAGAAUAUCUAGUACGUGCUAUGGCGAUAAUGUGUGGCGCUUCUUAGUUUCUAGUUUUACCUAUAUACAACAGAAAGUACCCUAAGAAACAUGACAAGUUUUCACGAAUGGAAAUUCAUCCCCUAGAAAGUGAUUUCUUCGACCUGCUGCAAAAUAGGCAGCAUAUUCGCUGACACUAAAAAAAAAAUCAAUUAAUCCAUGACCCUCAACAUCAUGAAUUCUGUGGUACUAAAAUCGUAACUAACGCGUGAAGUAUUACAUGCAGUACAAGCAAGAACUCCGAAGGGUUCGAACCCUUUGAAGGGUAACAGGUGCACCAUGGCGACGAGCGGUCGAAAAGAAACUCGCACACGUGCCAUUUUACCAUAGCAUUAAACUUGAAACUUGAGGGUUUCAGUCGACAAACGAUCUCCGCGAAGUAAUCAUGGUAGACUUGUCUAGUGAACCACCGAUAUUUAACACUUUUUACCCUCGUGAUAUCGAAUAUACUAUCCAAGUGUACGACGCCGGCAGCUCGAAGACGAGGAUCAAGACUAUUGGUCCGUUGCAUAAAACACACGGAACUUGACUAGCAGGUCGUUAAAAAUGCCAGCGAUCGCGAAUUGAUGUUGAAAAACGCGAGAAUCGGACGUUCCAUUGUUUUCGUAGCUGCAUUGUGCACGUAUAGUGGCGUUCUGAUCUGUAAUGUAACUGAAGCCUUUAAGAAGAUUGUGUUUCAUGUGGCGAAUGACAGUUAUUUCAUGUGUUCGUUACCUUGUCCGAUUUAGACAAAUCUGUUGGACGUUAGAUUCAGCCCGACGAAUGACAUCGUGCUCAUUGUACAGACUCUUUCUGGGAUCAUCGUGAUGUGGAAGCUUAUUGCUUGGUCGCUAUCCUAGCGAUUCAUACAAAUGGUCCAUUGAACGUGGUGAUGGCCAGGUUCGAUAGUUUGGUGGAUACGAAGGUCAAGGAGGAAUAGAAAGAAGAGAAAGGAAUUAUUGUGGAGCAUCACCUGCACACAUUAAGGUAUUUACUGGUUAUUGUAUUGUUAUUUAUACACACGUAUAUGUCUCGUUAGUUGAGACAGAUUAUUUGACGACAUUAGUGAGAAUAUGUUGAUUAUUCACCUUCUCGCUGAUUAUUAUUUGUACUUGAGCCAGAUAUCCUUUUAAGAUAAGUGCAAGCUAUUGUAUUGUACGUUGUACGUCGAAUAUGUGUUUCAAAAUAGAAACAAAAUAAUUUAUAUGUUGAAAAUGUUUCAACAAUAUCUUCUGGUGUCUUCUCUGCGUAAUUUCUCGGCAAAAAUCGAUACUGGAAUUGCAUAUGCUAUCGUGUAUACGUCCAUGGUGUUUAAUAUUGUCUCUCUACUACUCCGGAAAUUGUAAUUCCUCACGAUCGCAUGCCGAUUCGCUCAACGAAUUCUUACCUCUUGUUUCUAUCAGGAACGGUUACUACAGAACGUAAAGUAUCAAAUCGUUAACUAGAAUAUUUCACGCGAAAUAUUUUAUCGUACCAAGUAAAAAUCGGUCUCGAGUAUUUGAAUUUAUUACGAUAAAUGAUGUGAUUAAAUACGUUUCUAAGGAAUGAAUUUGUUAGUUGUACAAUUCUUUGUAAAUGCUGUUGCAGAAUUUGAAAUACAAAUAAUGGUAAUACGUAAUGAUCUAACAAAUAUAAUAAUCUAUUUUAAAACCUAUGAUAAACGAUUGUCAAUCUAAUAGAUCUAGUUAAGAACAAGAUCACUUACGAACUAAAACAUUGAUGGAGCGGUAAACCGAAGAAUCGUACAUUAUAGUUAUACUCUUCUAUUGUUUCAUGUUUUUAUAAAAAGCAAUUCUAUCGAAAUCGUUCAUUGCAAACAUUACGAUUAUAAAUAACGUGUUCCAUGUGAUUAUAAAUAACGUCUUCGUAACACUAUUCCAUAAUGUACAAAUGCUGUUUUAUAAUUGACAUUUGUCAAUAUCGACAGAAAAACGAAAAUUAUUAUAUCAUUUAUCACGAAAUUCAACAAUUCACAAGCACAAAUUAAAACAGCUAUAACUUCCAAGCACCUAACAUACGUACGGAUGACUAGCCACUUCUUAUUAAAAAUUUUACAACAUAUACAGUUAACGUAGGGAGGGAUAUGAAUCAUUGCACUCACGCCAUCCACUUCACAGCAUUGCAACUAACAAUUUCCAAGCGAGUAUAAUUUUCAACUUUUCUAAAACAAGUUCUACCGACCAGACGAAUCGAUCGGUAGAACAAGUACCUAAAAAACACGCGCAAGCGUUGCGCUGCUCCAUGCAUCUCCCACUGACGCGCGGCUGCAUUCUAAUAACAACUUCACUCCGCGAUGUCGAACGAAGCAGUGAUCAUCGAAGCUGAUAGCAACAGCAACAGCGACUACUGUCUUCAAUUAAAUCGAUGGUUCUUGAAACCGAUCGGUGCAUGGCCAUCGUCUCCAUCCACCACAAGACUGGAGAAGAUCGUUUCAUUUAUUUUAAACAUCGUUUGCUUCACCUCCGUAAUCAUCACUGCGAUUCCCAGUGUAUUGCUACUCAUUCUAGAAGACGAGAGCAUUAACUUGAAAUUGAAAACCCUGGAUUUUUUGAGUCAUUUGUUCGUCAGCAGCUUUAAUUAUAGUACCUUGUUAUUACACAGCAAAGACAUACGACAAUGCGUAGAACACAUAGAGGCUGACUGGCGAUCAGUGACUAGGGAGGAGGAUCAACACGUAAUGAUGAAAAACGGAAAAUUCGGUCGCUAUGUAGCUGCUUCGUGCGCUAUUUUCAUGCAGGGUGGCAUUUUGUGCUUUUGUUUCGUGACAGCGUUAACUACGGUCGAGAUUCAGAUUGGAAACGACACAAGAGUCUUACGCUUGCUGCCUUGUGCAGUAUACAAGAAGUUGGUGAACGUCGAUGAAAGUCCAGCAAACGAAAUCAUGCUUUCCCUGCAAAUUUGGUCUGCUCUUAUCGCGAACUCCAGUACAGUUGGAAUUUUUAGUCUCGCAGCUGUACUAGCUGCUCACGCGUGUGGUCAACUGGACGUGAUUAUGGCGUGGAUUACCGAAUUUGUUAAGGAAACAAGAAAACAGAAGGGAACUAGCAGUUUUCAGGAAAUUGGAGUAAUCGUGGAGCGACACCUGAGGACGUUGAAUUUCAUAUCGUGUAUCGAGGUUGUGAUGAACAAAAUAUAUUUAUUGGAGAUGUUGAGAUGUACGAUGAACAUAUGUCUAAUUGCCUACUACAUUCUAACGGAAUGGGAUGAGCAUGAUAUUCGAAAUUUGACAUCGUAUUUUAUGAUGUUCGUUUCAAUCUGUUUUAACAUUUUCGUAAUAUGUUACAUCGGUGAAAUAUUAACGGAACAGAGCAAGAAAAUUGGUGAUGCCGUUUACUUGACAAACUGGUAUUAUUUACCCAAUAAAGAAAUCCGCAACUUAAUUUUGAUCAUCGUGCGAUCGACUAUGGUCGUUCAACUGACUGCAGGGAAAAUGAUUCAUAUGACAAUUAGUACGUUUGGCAAUGUGGUAAAGACAGGUUUCGCAUAUUUGAAUCUAUUGCAGCAAAUAAUGUAAUAAAAUGGUAUCUCGGAAAAAUGUUAUUGGGGGAGUUAAAGCAUAAUAAUAAUUAGGCGGUUGAAAUAAUCUUAU